GAAAAUUGUCAAACAAUUGCUAUAUUACGAGUCCUACGCACGGUUCACCGGACCCCCUAACACCGUUAUAGAACUGACUUCAUGCAGGCGGAUUUGUUUACAUGCGGAGGAAGCUACGCUAGCGGCUCUGUUAGUUACGAGUCCCACUAGGUUGACGCAAUAGGAGCUCAAUCAUGGGGAAGUCAUUUGCAAAUUUCAUGUGUAAGAAGGAUUUCCACCCUGCGUCGAAGUCCAACAUCAAAAAGGUAUGGAUAGCAGAACAGAAACUGACCUUCGAUAAGAAGAAGCAAGAAGAUCUUAUGCAGGCGUACAUGAAAGAGCAAGACUGUUACAACAACAGGGUGUUGAUGGGGGAUGAUCGUGUUAAAAAUGGCCUCAAUUUCAUGUACGAGGCUCCACCUGGAGCAUCCAAAGAGGAAACAAAAGAGGAAGGGGAAGAAGAGUACAAAUUUGAGUGGCAGAAGACUGCUCCUCGAGAGAAAUAUGCGAAGGAUGACAUGAAUAUUAGAGAUCAGCCAUUUGGAAUCCAGGUGCGCAACGUGCGAUGCAUCAAAUGUCACAAAUGGGGCCAUGUGAACACAGACAGAGAGUGUCCUCUCUAUGGGCUGUCGGGGAUCAAUGCCAGCUCUGUGGCCUCAGAGGAGGCAGCAGGUCCGUCGAUGCACCCCUCUGAGUUAAUGGCGGAGAUGCGAAACAGUGGGUUUGCCCUGAAAAAAUGUGUUCUUGGUAGGAAUUCUACUGUUUGUGAUCCAUCGCAGGAAUAUGUUGCCAGUGAUGAAGAGGAAGAUCCCGAAGUGGAAUUUCUGAAGUCGUUAACAACCAAGCAAAAACAGAAGCUGCUCGGGAAACUGGAUCGCCUGGAGAAGCAGAAGGCCAAGAAGAAGAAGAGCAAAAAACAGAAGAAGAAGAGCAAAAGAAAACAAAAGAAAAAGCACGAAAGUAGUGACAGCUCGAGUGACUCCUCCAGUAGCAGCAGCAGUAGCAGUAGUGAUAGUGGUUCAGAUUCAGACAGUCACGGCAAGUUCAAGAGCCAAAAGAGAAAGAAGAACAAGCAUAAAGAGUCCUGUCGGGAUAACAGCUCUAAGAGCGAGCGGCGAGUCAAGAGUCAGAAAAAGGCCUCCUCUCACAGAAGCAGGUCACCGAGCCCUCACACUGGACAGAAGCGGCAUGAGGAGGAAUUCAGAGAUUAUAGACAAACAAGGACAGAGAGGGGAAGAAGCAGGAGUCCAAAUUGCAGCCCAGAGAACAAGAUCAAGCUGGAGGGAGGUCAAGAGAGAAAGAGACACAACAGCAGGGACAGGCAGAGACCGAGCAGCUCCAAGGCUGGCUUGGACAGAAGUAGGAGUCGCGAGAAAGGCAGGGAGGACAGAGGUAAAGACGGGCAACGCAGCAGAGAUGGGGAGAGGAACAGAAGUAGCACAGAUGGAAGGAGAGGCAGAACAGCAGAUGGGAGGAGUAGAAGCAGGGAAAGGAGGAAGGAAAGGGAGGGCAAGGGGAGAAGUAAGAGUAGGGAGAGAAGAGAGAGAAGCCACGACGGAGCCAAAAGAAAGCACUGACUGAGUUGUUGUUUAUUUGUUCCCUUUUACAAUAUUGGACAAAACCUGUUGCAUGUUUUUUUGCAAUGACUAUUCUACGGUGUUGUUGGUAAUCAAAGUGUCCCUCUGUUUUAUAAUUGCAGAUGUUGUGCUGUAGGUCUCCUUUUUCUCCAGUAGAGGGAAGCAGUCGACAGAAAAUGUAUAGAAUUGGCUCGUGCGUUGUCUUGUCCCUACGAAAGGGUCUAAAUUAAUUGAUUACCAUUGGAAGCAAUUUGGAGCUGUGAACCGCUGAUGGGGAAAAUAUUGGACUCAUUUUAAUGACCGCUAGAAAAAUUAAUUUCUGUCGCUGCAUUUUUAUUAAUUUUUUUUUUUGUCUCUUUUUGGAAAUAGGUGUAAUGCUUAGACGGCUGUUGAUUGCUAAAAUAUCUGGACUUUGUACUUUCUGAUAAACAUGUUUUAAUCAUCUUCAUCAAUUUCAUGCGUUUGCUUUGCGAUGGAUGAAAGAAUCACAGCGUCUAAAAAUCGGUUGAAAAUGAAAAUGUAUCUAUAACCGUUAGCGUAUACUUCCACAAAAUACCACAAUAUAUUUUUAAAUUCUGGCCACUUAAGAGCAAAGUAUUACUUUUACUUUUUUUUUUUUUUUUAUGUUUCUAUAAUAUUUUCAGCUCGGUUCCCCUGAAAGCCACAAUGACACAAUGUGCUUAUCAACAAAGCUGUGAAAUACGUCCUGCUGAGUUUUUACGGGCGUCAAACAAAACACAUAUGAUUUCUGUCCAAAUAUACAGCGUGUCAAUACAGCCUAUUCUAGAGACCAACAAGAGCUGCAGUAUUUCUUUUCUUUUUUUUUAAUAUUGCCUAUUUUAUAUUUUAAUUCGGGGGAAACUAGAAUUCCAUAAUUAUUUUAUUACCUAGAUUGGACAAUUCUUUCUUCCUGUUAUGCAUUGUUUUUUUUAUUUUUUUAUUUAACAGUCUCCACAAUGUAGAC